UGACCCCGCGAUGCCUGAGUGCCCCUCAGGAACUUUUUAUCGCCCAUCAUCUCAACAAUGACUUCAUCCUCAGAAUUACCUGCUUGGUACUAUCGCGUUUCUGAGGUAGUCAAAAGGAGAAAUGGCGUCACACUCUGGGACUUUGAUGAAGAUAUCUCCGACCUUGAUGAGACCAACCCAGACGAAACUAUAGCGUACCAUGGGCCUGAUGCAGCAGAAUACCAUCUUAUGAGAGGGAAGAGGGAGGAACGCAAAAGAGAGCUUUUCCAGCGCAAAGAGACUAUCAGAAAGCUCCGGGAAGAUGUAAGAGAGGAAGAGAAAAAUAAGAUCGACCAAGUGCGUGCAGCAUAUGAAGCCUUGGAGAUUUCCAUGUCCAGAAGCGAAUCUUCUCAACUAGGUCCAAUCGACAGCCAUCCGCACAGUUACCAGAGGAGAUACAUCAGGUUCGAGUACGAGGAUAGAGGCGAGGCGCACAGCGAUAAUCUCACCAGUCGGUUCUGGCUCAAUCCCAAGGUCGACUUUGAACUUGUCCCAUUCAAAGCCCCGGAAUGUCCAAGCUUCAAACAUCAUGAGAUCUACACCACCGAUGGAAGAUUCUUUAUGAGUCUGCAAUUCAUCGACAAGGAUCAUUUGAUCCUCAGAGCAAGCCGAGAUCUUAUCUUCGGGGCGACUCCGCAGGGUUCACCUGGCCUUGAAACGUUCAUAUUCAUGGGUGUCCACAAUGAUUGGGGGAAGCAACUUCAGGUGUUUGCAAGAAUGUUGCACCCUGCUCUUGCACCGCCAACGAGAUUUCUCUCGGUGCAAGAUGAAACCCUGUGUGAAUUUUGUCGCGGUGAUGAGCUCAUUCAGCGAUUCCGCACCAGAGCUCUCUCAGAUCUCACUGAAUCCUCGCAUUACUGCAAACUUUGUGCAAUGUGGCUCAGGGCCCUAGAUCAUUCUCGUCAACGCUUGAAAGUUCGUGGCCAAGUUGCCAUACUGAGACAGCAUCCAUUAGAGCAAGACAUUGGCGAUGUGGCGCUUGUAUUUCUGAGUUCUUCAACGCGGCCACUAAUUCUAUGGCCGCACAUUAAUAAUGCGUGGGCGACUCUCGAUACGAUCAAUACCGAUGGUGCGAAAGACAUUAACUUAAAGCCGUUGCCUAGAUCUGAUCAGGCCGACGCUACUUGGAAGUCGGUCAGAGAAUGGCUUGAUCGGUGCAAGAAAUAUCACAAAGAUUGCAAACUUCAGAGGACACCCACCUGGAAGCCAACUCGACUGCUCUACGUCUGUAACACACAGGCCGCGCGUCAAGUCCGCCUAAUUGAGAGUCAGGAAUUUCCCGACGGCGCUGAGUAUCUGACCCUGAGCCAUCGUCUGGGUGUAGGAAACACUCUUCAGCUUACUCGCGGCAACAUCGAAGCCUUCAAGUCCUCGAUUCCUGUUGAUGAGCUCUCUCGCGUCUUCGUCGAUGCAUGUAACACCACCAAAAGGCUGAGUCACGAAUACCUCUGGAUCGACGCGCUCUGUAUAAUCCAAGACGACCCCGCAGAUUGGCAACACGAGGUUGGCUGUAUAGCUUCCAUCUACGGGAACUCAUGGCUCAAUCUCUCGGCUGACGGAGAUGAUGCGGCUGGCCAAGGGCUCUUCUGUCCUUCCAACAAGCGAGCCGGCCAUCCAUGGUACCCAGUAUACAUAUAUCGUGAAUGGGGUCAUGGAUCGCCUCGCGAUUAUUGCGUAUCCGAGUAUCACAACUGGUGGGAACGCAUCUCAGACUCGGAGUUAAAUCGAGGAGCGUGGGCUCUUCAGGAGCGUGUUUUAUCGCCAAGAGUACUGCAUCUUGGACUUGAGCAACUUGCUCUCGAGUGUUGCUCAAACGCAGUGUGCGAAAGACUGCCAUAUGGUGAUCCGACAAUAAGAGAGGAUACCGCCGUACUGACUUCACUGAAACGGUUUAUUCUGGACGCGCGAAAUAGAAAUAUGCCUUGUUCAACUCCUGAGAAUGCUUUCCGAAACUGGAAUCAAAUAGUUCAAGCUUACUCUCAGGGACAGCUCGCGAUUGCAACUGACAGGCUUGUUGCGUUAUCAGGCCUUGUUGAUGUGCUGUACCCGGUCUUUCAGCAGAUGGUGGAGCCAGAAGACGAAGUCGAAGAUCGCCAUGGUAGAGGGAGUACACAAACUGAGGCGGAUUCUUUGUGUCACAGCUCGACAGGGCUUUUUCUCGCUGGGCUAUGGCGGCCCUAUGCCGAGAGACAACUGGUAUGGCGAGCGAUGUCUCGCGAUCAUCCAUUUACAUAUGAUGGCAACGCACUUUCAGUGCCUGGGAAGCGCUACGACGAGUACAUUGCUCCAACAUGGUCGUGGUGCUCUGUCAAGGAUGCUGCCAUCGAACCACAGGAGGUAAGGUCGGGUAACAUCUACUUCACCAAAGUCAUCGACACAAAUAUCAUCCCUGACAGGAAGCUCAAUCCAGCAACACCUUUGAGUAGCUUGAGAUACUGCUCUUCACCCGGUUCAUUUCUCCGUCUGCGGUGUUCUUACCUACCUAUCGUGGAGUUGAGGCCGGUAAGCGGCAUGAAACUUAUGAACUUCAGAGCUGCGACCCAUGAGAGUGGCCGGGGUGAGGAAGCUAUUGAUGUUCGAAGUAAAAACUACUGGGAUGUGGAGUUUAGUCAAGAGGCUAUAGACUGCAAGUCGCCCAUUGCGGUCCCCAUCUUUGCCAGGACGGACUUCGCCAACUCUGUAUACUGCCUCGCUCUAGACGAAAGGCGGGGUGAGAAAGAAAACAUAUGGUAUAUACGACUCGGAGCUUUCGUGAUCACUUAUCCUGAGGAUGUACUGAGGUUAUGGGAGGGAAUUGGGGAAUUUGAUAAGCAUAUGCCGGAGGAGUGCGCAAGGCAUGAUGGGCUGUAUAGAUUUAAGGAACUGAAGUGGGACAAGUGUACGUAUGUGAAGAUGGAUGAGGUCUUGCAACGGAUUGUUGAGAUCAGGUAGCUUGGCUUGUGUUCAUUUCACGAUACUAAAGCUACGUCAAAGGGCUCAGACAUAUCCAAUCCACCAUACGA